UAAAUCUCUUAAUAUCAAUAAUUUAAGAACAUGUCAAAAAUCAAGAACUUGAAAAAGAAGUGGGACAAGUAUAACGGAAAACUCCAUAGAUGGUUCCUUCAGACUUUCUACUAUGGAGCUAUGCCUAUUAUCAUUUAUUUGGGGAUGUUCAAGUAUCCAAGACCACCAAUGGUGAACUUUGCGCUAGCUAAAAUUUUCUCCUCCUAGGUGAUAACUUUGAGAGUUACUUCAGCCCUACCAGGAGAAAUGGUCUGAGAAUGAAUUCAUG